AUGAAUUAAAUUAGUUUUAAUACUUCAUGGAGAGAGCAUCUUAAAUAAGACUAAUUCAUUUUUUGGAUGGUUGGAUGUCAAUUUAUCAAAUAAAGGAAUUUAAGAGUUUUAACAUGCUGCUAAAUUAUUAUAACAAAAUAAUAUAAUUUGAUAUAGUCCAUACAUUAAUCUUAAAGAGAUCCAUUUAAUCAGCAAAUAUAAUGUUAGCAAAAUGAAUUUUCUAUGGGUAACAUAAAAAAGUAGUUGCCGAUUAAAUUAUGGAAUAUUACAAGACCCAAUAAAAAAGAGGCUUCCAUAAAGGAAGGAGAAGAAUAAAUCAAAUGA